GGAAAUAUUCAACACGAAAUCAGAACAUCACCGACAGAAAUAUUAGAAUGUUGCAAAAAUGCAACAUCGACUGCUGACAUCCUCGUCAACAAGAAAGAGGUAAACACAAUUAACUUUGCUCCGUCAUUACAUGUAAAUGAUACUGACAAAUCAUUGACCCAUUCUGCUAACCGUAACAACAAUAUUCUUCAAGCAACAGAAUCUCAAAGCCUAGGUCUUGAGAACAAGUGGCGUAGUGAUGAUGGCAGCGCGGAUAGAGCGCCGAGAAUCAAGUUGGGUUCUUUCUUUAAUGAGGCAGUGACACAUCGUGUUUUUGAUGUUAACGAUUCGGCAGAAGUAAAACAGGAUAUCGUAAUCACAAACAUAGUUCACCUUAACGCAUACUAUAGAUGUUUAGCGUCACUCUCAAGAGCAACGCGUUACAAGAAACGCUACGAUAAAACAAUCCACUCAAUUCAGAAGAAAAGCGUCAGUUUAAGAACAAAAUCGCCAUACUGGAGUUGGCUUAGACACACGUUGAAGGAUACCAAAGCUGACAAGCUUUUCAGAGCUCAACUACUAGAUUAUAUAAAGGAUUCUGUCCGAAUCACUUCAGUUGUGCCGUCACCACAGGGGAAAUUUUGUGGCAGGCGUAAGUCUGCUUCUAAGACGCGUCAUGCCAAACGCAUUUGCUAUGACCUCAGAGACAAUGCAGAGUUGUUAACAGUGGAUGAAAUGUUAGAUGCAGACCGAAGCUGCAAAAGAAAAGUUCCAUCACGUGUGCGCGUGUAACCACAUCAACUGUGUGUCAGCCGUGCAUGUCAAUUUAGCGAUCGUUCGAUCAUCAAGGCAUAGAGACUAUUUUCUAACUUAUUUCUGAUUAAUCAUGGUAUAUUUGAAACCUCAUGACAUAUCAACAUAUCAAAUUUAACAUUGAAUAAAGCAAACAAGUAGUUUAAAUGCAAAAAAAAAAACCCCAUAAAUUUUAUCAAAUUAACAUUAUAAGUCUCUUUAGACAA